AUGGGUAUAGAAACUCGUUUAGAAAAUUUACCAAACGAGAUCUUGUUCGAAACAUUUGGCUAUUUGCAUGCACUUGAUAUGUUUAGUGCAUUUGGUUCAUUGAAUAAACGAAUUUCGUCGAUUUUCCAAUCAACUCCACUUUAUAUUAUUAUUUCAAAAAUUCAUUGUCGUAAUCAAGUUGAUUUUCUUUCUUCUUAUCUUACUUUUCAUGUUCAUCAAGUUAUUUCAGUAAAAAUCGAUGAUACAAUUCGUGAUGAUACAUCUAUUAUUAAUUUAUUAUUCAAUCGACAUGAUUUUAUUAAUCUUCAAUUUUGUAAAUUUAUAAGAAUUCAUCAAUCAACAAAACUUGGCAAUUUUAUUCAACAACUAAAAACUUUUGAUAAACUUGUUUCAUUUAAUAUAAUUAAUCUAAAUGAUAUAACUAUGAAUGAAAAUGAUAAAUAUGAAUUAGUUCGAAUUAUGUUGAUGCAUCAACCAUCUUCUCUUCGCUCAAUUGUUCUGCAAUAUCCUUAUAAUUAUUGGAAUAUUUUAAAUACUAUUUCAUUAUCUUCAAACAUCACAUCAUUGUAUUUAUAUAUAAAUGGUUCAUCAUUAUUCGCUUCUGUAAAUUCAGUUUUGCCAUAUAAAUCAAAAUAUUUCUUUCCUAUGGAUUUACUCGACGGUUAUGCAUGGCAAGAAAUGUUAGAACUUUAUGUUCCAUAUUUAUCAAAAUUUGAGUUUCAUAUGUCAAUUUGGAAAUAUUGUCCACGAACCGAUUUGAAUAUUAUUGUUAAUUCAUUUAAAUAUUUUGUUACGAAAUAUUCGAAUUGGCAUAUGAUUAUUGAUCAAUGGAGUUUACUGCAUUCAAUUCCAGGUAAAUAAAAUUAUUUAAAAAGUUCUGAAAGAGAAUAAAAUGAAUAAGAAGAUAUAGAGUAUAGCAAAAUGUCACUUAGUAACUGAUGAGAGAAUCUCGUGAGGUGUUAAAAAACUUUUAAAAAUGAUUAAAAUAAUAUUUUUAUAGUAAUAUAUAUAUUCAAAAUUUUGAUUUUUUUCAUGUUUUAGUUGAAUUUAUUAUGCUUCGUACAUUGAAUUAUCACAAACACAAAUCCAAUGUAUAUACAAAUAUGCCUUUAAUUCCUAGUGGAAGCUUUAACACACAAUCAACAAUGAAAAAUAUAGAUGAUCAUUAUCUUUUUUAUAAGAAUGAAAAAGAUUUAAGACUAUACAUAACAUCUGAAAGACCAGAUAUUAC